AUGUUGGAAGCUGCGUUGUCUGCGCGGGCUGCGCGCAAGAAAAAAGAAAUGUGGUCGGGGCAUCAUCGGGCCGACCCCAGAUCAGCGGAGCCAAUGAGCGGCCAGCCGAUCGCAUCGUCAAUGCCGCGUGCCUCAUUUCUCCCACCAAUCCUCCCACACCAACAGCUUGUUCAUCUGUCCAUUUCUCCUCAAGAGAGGCUGUGGCCUCAAACACAGCUCACACCCCUCCUCGAGGAGGGACUCAGCAUCAUGGAGUCUGCGAUUCGCUGGUCCCCGAGCUCCACUACUGCCGAGCAACGCUUCCUCUCCGUCGACGUCACAGGUAAAGCGUUUCGUCUCUGCAAGGUGACCGGGUACAGUGCAUCCGACAAGACCCUGCGCCAUGAAGUACUCUCCACACUUAUCGAUGUUCCCUCCUUUCGCGCUUUCGACUGGUCCACCUCCAACGAGAACCUUAUCGCCGUUGGCCAGUCAUCUGGCGAGGCCACAAUACUGCGACUAGAUGCCAGCGCGAAGGAGUCGCUCUCCUUUCCCGUUCGAAACCAGCGAUACUGCAACGCCGUCGCAUUCAGCACACAUGGCCUCGUGGCAUCUGGUCUUGAUCGCGUGCGCAACGACUUUUGCUUGAAUAUCUGGGAUGUCAAUCAGCGACUCAGCCCCGCCGGUGGAACCAAAGGAUUUCCGGAACCCUUGCGAAAGCUCGCGAGUUCAGAACCAAUUACCAGUAUCAAGUUCUUCAGGGAUCAGCCUGACACGCUGGUGACGGGUGUCAAGGGCCAAUUCGUUCGCAUCUAUGAUCUUCGAGAGGGCCCAGGAAACCCUUCUUUGCAAUUCCAAACCCGGUGUGUCCACAAUCUAGCUAUUGACUGGCUCGAUGAAAACUACAUUGCGUCUUGCCUGCCCACCAAAGAAAGUACCAUCUGCCUCUGGGACCGACGCGUAGGAGCCCGACUUGUAUCGCCAUCCGUUGGCUCUUCGGCUAGCAGCCCAGACUCCAAUCAAUCUACCGCCGCACUUCAACUCAAGAAUGUAUUCAAUUCAGAUUCCUCGAUCUGGAGCUUGCGCUUCUCCAAGACCAAGCGAGGCUACCUGGGAGCGCUGUCCAGCACCGGCCACUUCAAGACCUAUGAUAUCGCCAAAGACUACCAGUCUGAGGAAUAUCGCGCCUCGAUUGACGAGACCUUCGGACAAGGAUCUUUCAAAACCUACCCGGAGCCUGUCUAUACGAGACAUGUGCGGGAUGUGUGCCUGCCUUUCGAUCAUCCAACGCGCGGGUGCGAGGAGAAGGACCGUGUGGUGACGUUUGAUUUCUUGAACUUGAGCAUGUCAAACCAACCUAGCGCUAUCACUCUUGAUGGCCACGGGCAGCCGCGGUUCGUCAGUGCGCGGCCACCCUGCCCGCCAGUGAGCCUGUCGUCACAAGGAGUGCUGGCCUACGGAGUUACCUCCGGCGACCCCGACUUUACGUCUAUCCACCCUCUUUCCGAACGUAUCUCGCCUAUCUCUGGGCUCGCCGAAAAUAUCCGGAACCGAGUGCUUUCGAGCUCAAAGCACCCGUCAACGGACUCGGGCCAGAAAUCGUCUGUGUCCCGAGUAUUGAAUUCUGAUCCCAUCUCAAGCCGAGAACUUCGGGAACGUGCGAUGUCAGUCGGAACUUUGGGUGAACUCCUCACCGCUAAAGAGGCAUUGACUUUGUCUACCAUUGCCCAGUGGAGAUGCAGAGAGGGAUACCUCUUUAAUGAGGCUCGAAAUCGGUCAAUCGUAUCGGAUGAUCCGGCUCUCCAGGAUCUGUGGACCUGGAUUCAACGUGCACGGUCCGACUCCACGGGAGUGGCAAUGGUUGUCAAUGGCCUGGACAUGAAUUACAUCGGCAUCAGCAAUGUCUGGACCAAUGACAUGGGCCAUGACUUUGAGCAGCGCCGCAUUAGCACAAAGGAUGACGACCCGAAGAGCGUCGCUGAGGCGAUCGCCCACCUCGACGAGCAGUUGAACCUGCCAGAAACCAAAGGCUGCGAAACAGCAUACCCCGAACACCGACGUCUCUGUCUCCGGAUAUGCGGCGCAACACAGACGUACAAAGAGCUUGAAGAGACCGUGAAGAACCUCUCUUCUGAGAACCAGCACACCAAAGCUGCCGCUCUGGCGGUCUUCCACGAUGAGGCCAAGUUGGCAUACCUCGCUCUUCGGAGCAACGAACCGGCUCAGGCUCAUAAACUACUUGCAAUGGCCAUUGCUGGCGCCGCAAAAGGCGACAAUAGCACUGACUGGGAGGAGACCUGCGCUGAGAUCUCCAAAGAACUCACGGAUCCCUAUGCUCGAGCAAUCCUAGCCCUCGUGAGCAAGGGUGACUGGAACGCUGUCAUCCAAGAGACUACACUUCCAUUGAAGUACCGUGUUGAGGUCGCACUCCGAUGGCUUCCUGAUGACGAAUUGACCGACUAUCUGAGCGAGGCCACCUCCGAGGCCAUACGGGAAGGAGACAUUGAGGGCGUGGUCCUCACAGGCCUGGGACAUCUCGCCAUCGGCCUGUUCCAGUCCUAUAUUGAAAAGUUCAAUGAUGUCCAGACUCCAGUUCUGGCCAUGAGCUACACCGUCCCACGCAUCAUCUGUCAUCCACCCUACGUGGCGCAAUUCGAAGCCUGGCGCGAGACUUAUCGCCGGCAGAUGAACUCCUGGAAGCUCCAGCUUCAACGUGCGCGGUUUGAUGUCGAAUCUCGCCGCUUCGCGGUGACCGUGGAUGGGCGCAAGCUCAUUCCUCCUCCACCGCAGCAAGUCAGUCUGACUUGCAACUACUGUACCCGUCCACUUACCCAACACGACGCGUCCUCUCAAAUCUCUCCCUCGGCGACUGUGGAAACAGUGCACCCGACCGUGGGCAACCCUCUGGGAGCGACCAUGUCGGGAACCGUUUGCCCCCGUUGUGGACGGCAUAUGCCUCGCUGCGGUGUUUGCACUAUGUGGCUAGGUACCCCCGACCCAAUGUCGAGAGGGGGAAGUGCUGCCGACGCGGCGGCUGAUCCACGCAAAGCCGCUCGGGACGAGGUCAUGAAGCGAUUUGUGGUCUUUUGCAUCAAUUGCAACCAUGGCUUCCAUGCGCACCACGCUCAUGACUGGUUCGCGCGCCACAAGGUGUGCCCAGUGGCCGAGUGCAACUGCAUCUGCGAUCGGUAA